AUGUCGCAUUUCUACUUUUGCAAGUUGUCCGAUCGUAUCGAAGAGUUGAAGCAUUUAAGGUAUCUUGAUUUGAUUUUUAGUUUAUACACCGACAGUAGAAGACCAAUAAGUUUCCCCAAAUCUCUCAGCAAUCUUAUUCUCUUACAAACAUUAAUAGUGGGGGAGUACGACGAAGAAUCGUUCUUGGAAGUAGUCAUAAAAUUGGUCAAUUUGAGAUGCCUUGAUAAGGGUGAUGUUUUUAAAGGGACGGCUGUUGGAUUGGGAACAUUGUCCUCGUUGCAAUUCUUACCCACCUUUGUCGUGGGAGAUAGCCAAAAAAGAAGAUAUGGCACACUAAAUGAAUUGAAGGACUUGAACCUACAAGGAAAAUUAGAAAUUCUUCAACUCAAUCGUGUCACAGACGUGGCUUUAGAAUCACAGGAUGUAAAUUUAAAAGAAAAAAGGUUCCUUCAAUCCUUGACUCUGGAUUGGUACUUCGACUAUACGGACAUCCGUAACAGUGACAGCUUACAAUUAUUAGAAAACCUUCAGCCCCACCAUAAUCUUAAGCAAUUGGAGGUGCGCUAUUAUCCAGGCAAGCGUUUCCCAGAUUGGCUUUCUCUCCUCACAAAUGUUGUUCACAUCACUCUCUUUGAGCUUCGUAAUUGCAGCUGUCUACCACCGUUGGAACGUCUCCGGUCCCUGAAGUCACUUGUUAUAAACUGUCUUCGUAAAUUGGAAUACAUAUAUCUUGAAGAUGGUUUUGCAGUAACCUUCUUUCCCUCUUUGGAGGAACUCAUCCUCCUAGCUUGUCCUGUGCUUAGGGGAUGGCGGAGGCGGGGAGAUGAUAUCAAUGAUUCUAAGAAUUCCCAUAAUCACUCCUUGUCUCUUUCCUUUCCUCCUCUUUCUAAGCUAAGAAUCCUUCUCUGUCCAAAGUUGAUUUGCAUGCCUACUUUUCCAAACGUUAAGGAUCUGGAUUUGGCCGGGUCCAGUGUGAAGCCAUUAAUAGCAACCCUGAACACAGCGGCGUCAACAUGCUCAGUUGACUCAUCUUCCUUUGUUGCUCCUCUUUGCAUGCUCAAGCAAUUUCACAUUUCCGAUUCUCUGAAUUUACAAAAGGGUUGGAUGCAAAAUCUGACUUCUCUCGAGUCUCUUAGAAUUGUAUGGUGUCAAAGUGAAACACUAGAGGGAUUUGAAACUGGGUUACCGGACGACAUCAACUGCCUUCCUUCUCUGCGGCAAAUCACAAUAGAAUCGUCUACAAAUCUAAAGGCUCUGCCAGAUUGGAUUUUCAACCUCUCAUCGCUUCAGCAUCUCAUAAUCCAUCAUUACCUAAAUCUAGCUUCUCUACCUGAAGGAAUGACUCGUCUUACCAACUUAAAGAUCUUACAGGUGAGCCAUUGUCCCCUCUUAAUUGAAGAAUGCAGAUCAGAGACAAGUGCUGUUAGUCGCCGAAUCGCACACAUCCCAGAAAUUAUUCUUCGGAAUUUCUGA